AAAAAGUGGUGGGAGAUGGAAUGCUGCCCUAGAGAAGAUACUGUUAGGGACAUUCAUGUUAUUGAAGUUCAGCUCUCAGAUUUGAGUCUCUAUAGUCAAACCAAUGGAGAAGGGCUGGCUCCUGCAGAGAACAGUCGAUGGCAUGUCUUCUUCAGGCUUCAGACACUCUGCUGAGUCUGAUAGAGCCUAGGGGUUGAUGUCUGAAGUUAGGAAUGCAUAAGUAUCUACUCCCCUCUGUAUGUCAAAGUCCUGGCACUUACAUUCUGACCUAUACAUUACAUAUGUAUUUGUAAUAUGCAUAUACUUUUAUGCAGUAGUGUAGAAGGGAAGUCUUAUGUCUGCUCUCUGAGACAAAUGAGGCUCAAAUGUGGGCAAAGGAGAGCAAGGCAGUGCUUGGUGCAAAGGGCUUUGCAGCACAAGUGUCAUACUGUGAUACUCCAGUAGAAGGCAGUGCUGCCGAGCACACUUUUGCUUCCUGCUCUGUUGUGAGGCAGCGAAGGAAAUCUUAGAGGAGGAGGAGGGUGGUCUUUGGAAUGAGGAAGGAAGGAGUGGAACUGAAAUACAUAGCCCCUUGAUCUUUAGGAGCUUGAUGGUGACUAAUGACAAGGGUGGGAGAGUGCCAGGCCGUAAGAAUGGGAGACCUUUGGUGCAUGGGGAUGCUUUGAUUGCAAGACUAGGGACUAAACCCAUUGACUACACCUCAGGAGGUCUUUGGACAUGAGUAUGGGGCAGGCUCUCUUGCCCUAGCCCUCCCUAGUUAAGGGCCAGGGAGCAGCAUCAGUUUUUUCAGUUUUUAGGGCUGAUCCUUGUUUCCCUCCUAAAGCCACAAUUGUUUUUCCCUCCUGCCAGACUGGGACAUCUUAUAUUUCAUUAUAUCUUCCCUCAAAGAAUGAAAAAUGAGCAAGAGGGAAUGGGGAAAAGAAAGGGGGUAAAGAAAAAGGAGGAGAGAGAAGGAGGAAGGCAAUGGGGAAGAAGGAAUGCAUCUUCUAAAAGAGGAGCUCCCCUUGGCUCCUCAGCUAGUAACUAGCAGCUCAGUACAAACUGGGGCCGCAUUCACACCUGUGUGUGAAGCUGUGAGUCAGACACAUUCCUUUGCAGUGGGCAAGGUGGCUCUCCAGGGGGUGGGCUGGGGGGACAUUUACCCAGCAGCGGAGCUGAGAGAACACGGAGACUCGGGAGAAGGAGGAAUCCCCUUGUCCAUGGAGUUGGCUGGUUUUCUGCCCAGCGAACACUGGAGAAGCAACAAGUGAGGAGCUAGUGAAGAGCACAGACAUUUCCUCUUCUCUGGCAGAGGCUUCUUUGUACCUAUCAGUCUUGAAGGGGAAGAGGUGUCCCUUUUUCAGCCUGAGGAAAACCACCAGACAGCACUUGUGAUGAACAAGAUCGGCAAAAUAGGCUGGAUGGCUGGAGGUGAGGAAUAGACUUCUCCGGAGACUUACGUUUGCUGAGUUUGCACCAUUAAUCUCUUCCUUGGCUGCUCUUGUAUUAGAACUAGCUGUGUCCCCUACAGCAAGCAGGGAAGGCAGGAGGAAAGAGUGGGUCUCCAGCGGCCUGACUGCUCUUCCACCCCAUCCCCAAAGAUGUCUUGCGACUCUUCCCUCAUCAGUGUAACGCCUGAAGAAGACCCUGAGAGUGGCAGCUUCUCAGAGGAAAGCAGUGGUGAGAAUGACAUCAGCAGUGUUCUAGGAGGGGACAGCCCAGUGACAGGGCCACUGGGCACGGUGCUGCUGCUCAUGUGCCUCAUUGGGAUGGUCGGGAACAUCUACACGGUGGUGGUGGCCUCUGGCAAGGUGGCAGGCCGCUCGGCAGGCUCCUUGGGGAUCUACGUGAUCAACCUCGCCCUGGCUGACCUCCUGUACCUCUCCACCAUCCCCUUCGUGGUUUGCACCUACUUCACCCAUGACUGGUUCUUCGGAGACGUGGGCUGCAGGCUUUUGUUCAGCUUGGACCUCCUCACCAUGCAUGCCAGCAUCUUCCUCCUGACUGCCAUGAGCCUGGAGAGGUACUGGGCAGUAACCAGGCCGCUGCAGGCCAGGCGGGCUGGCAGCGCUUACCGCAAGCCAGCCAGUGCCAUCCUCUGGUUCCUCGCCCUCCUGCUUACAGCCCCCAUGAUGGCAAUGACCCAACUGCGGGAGGGAGAUGGUCCCAACAAGCGCAUCUGUAUCCCCACGUGGACGCCAGCGGCCUUCCGGCUCUACUUGACGGUGCUCUUUGCCACCAGCGUCCUGGUGCCCGGUGUGGUGCUGCUCAUUGUCUACACCCUCCUGGCCCGGGUGUACCGCUCUUCCACUUGGCAUCUGGAGCUGUCAGUGGCCAGCCGGGCUCCCUCGCAGCGUCUCUCCUCCAGGAUCUCUGCCAUUGUGGUGGCUUACUGGGCCUGCUUCCUCCCUUUCUGGGGCUGGCAACUGGCCGGGCUGUACCAGCGUGAGGGCAUAGGCAUGGGGCCCACUGCCCAGGCCUACCUCAACUUUGGUGUCACUUGCCUGGCCUAUGGCAACAGCUGUGUCAACCCCUUCCUCUACACCUUGCUGGCCAGUAACUAUCGCCGGCAUCCCAAGUGCAGUGGGAGGCCAUAGCACCUUCCUGGCUUUUGGGGAAAUUUUGGGGCCCAUGGGGCAUAGCAGGGGGAGCUCUGGGCGAUGAGCAGUGCCCUGAGUGGGGGAUAUCUCCCAGGCUUUUGUGAGGGUUGAGUGAUGAAAUAAAAACGUGUUGUCUUCUG